GACAAGGGUGCUCCAUGCUGUGAAUAUUCUUUGUAGCAAGAGUCAGAGCAGAAAAAAAAAUCACAGCAACUUCUGCUCCAUUUGUACAGCUGCUGCAUACAUCAUUGUAGUGGAAGGAGGCACUCUGUGGACACCAUGCUCCUGUCUAUAGAAGAUCCACACUGAGCUGCUGCCAGAAAUCACAUCAUAAGGAGGUUUUCCUGGGCUUUGUUCCUUCUUCAAGUCACUUGCCUGUAAGCUGCAGGGACUGUGCUUUACUAUAUUCCUUGGAUGGUUAUCUCCUGAGCCUGCUGAAGAAGAGAGAAGCUCCAGCAUCCAUCUAUACAUAUAUGAGCUAUCUAGCUGCAUCCUCCUGCCUGGUUCUGGGACCAGAGAAGAUGAAGUUCAUUCUCCUGGUGUGAGUUGGACUUCCCACAGGCUGGUGUUAAAGCUCACAUUACUUAGGAUCGGGAUGGAUAAACAUGUCCUGUCUCUUCUGCAACUUUUUGUGUCUGUGGUUUGUGGUGGAUUACAACACCCUGUACUAAACUGCAAUGAAACAAUUGUUAUAGAAUCCUUACCUGAAUGUGGCUAUCAUUUUGAAAUGCUCAUGAUGAAAGUGGAGCCAAGUCAAUGGUGCAACCUGACCAAAAUUAUCAUGCAUUAUGACAAACUUUCAGAAUGUGCAGAACAAACAGCAAGAAGUGGAAACUGCUUUUGGCCAAACAACUUGGCAGAAAGAUUCAUAAUUGGAAUUCACACCAAAUUUUUUUCAAACUGUACUUCAGACACAGUUAUAUGGGAAGAUCCACCAGAUGAUAUUCUCGCAGCUCUUAUUUUAAUCCCUGUCUUCUUGACAGCAACAAUGAUCAGUGUAGUGGUUUGGUGCAGUAAAAGAGGUGAUAUUUUUGGAUAAAUUAAUUCCCUUGGGUUUGCGAUAUGUUGUGACUGGCAAAGUAGUAAAGGGAAAAACAGCCAUUUGAAUAUCAUAAACCACUAAUCAACUGUAUAAAAUUUUGAAUAUGUCCCUGAAGAAUUGCAUCUGUGCUAUUCAGAAAAAUGCAGGGUACAACAAUGAUUGCUGAAUGUAGUUAUAAUGUUUAUUUUUUUCUGUUCUUGCUGUUCUACUAUCUUUUUCCCUCUGGAGCGACUUCCUUCUCUUUAAAGCAGUACGUCACUAUCCAUCUUCUACAGCUGGAUUUUCCGGGGUGUGCCUGUUGCUCUAAAUUAUUCUAAAUUCCUUUGCAGCAAGAUCGGUUUCAACAAGGGACUAUAAAGACUCGAUAACAGAAAAACAGAUGUUAAUAUUAAACAUUGCCCUAUCAUAGACUAUUAUAACAGGAUGUGUAUUGCGCGUUUCUUUGUAAGAUGCUAACAAAUGGUGUAAAACAGACAAAGGCUUGUUUUAAAAAUGAACUGUUUGUUUAAGUUUCCCACUGCUGAUGACAUUGGUAAAUUGAAAGCUACUUUGUACUUCAACUAUAAAUCUGCAAAUACACCAAUCAGUCAUAACCUUAAAACCACCCGCUUAAAGUUGUAUAGGUCUCCUUCUUGCUGGCAAAAGAACUCUGACCAGUUGAGGUAUGAACUCUUUAGUCCUGGAAACCAAAGCAUAAAAAGGAAAACGAAAGUGUCUGCCCACGUGUAUUUGGCAUUUAUUUUUGGGUAGGAAUGAUGUGCACCCAUAAGGUUUUCCAUGGGACUGAUACAAGUAUUUAUAUUGUAUAUAUGCUUUCUGGUAGACAUAGGGCAUUGUAGAUAAAAUAUAUGUCUUUCAAAUAGUGAAUAUUGUGCUCAUAUUAUUUUUGGCUUUCCAUUCCAAUUUGACAGCAAGAAUAGCAAUAGCAAAAUAUCAGAACUGAAUACUGACAUAAUGUAUUUUAAUCUAGAGGGAUCCAUCAGUAUUCACUGUGAUUAAACUGAAAGCUGAUCCAUCAUACAGAUCUACUCUACCUUACCUUUCCUCUUGGCUGGGCAUUAAACAAGAUAAACCAAGUGUUCAAAAGAACAUGAUUUUGUGAUAUUGUCCUAAAUGUGUCUAUGUCCAGCCACCCAUUGGUUGUAUUGUGGAUUGCUGCCUGUCAAGGGAUUUGAUAGUAUGUCACAACAUUGUGCUGAAUUGUUUUCAUGAGAAGUCUUUAACAAAAUGUGUGCUAAGGUAAGAGUGGAGUAGACACAUCUGUAGUUGUCAUGGUUAUAUCAAAGUUGUCAUUAUGCUAUUUGAACCCUUCAGUUUAAUGUUUGGAUAUAUUGGGUAUUUGCAAAUUAUAUUCAUGAAAACGGGUGCACAAAUAAUUGUACGAGACAACAUUUGUAUGUAAAGCACAGUCAUUAUUCGCUUUAAUGUACAAAUUUUUCUAGGAAACCAAUUUCAAUUCUCUUUGUAAAAACCAUUUUGCAUCUGAUCCUUGAUAUCUACAUGAUUACUAAAGAUGUAUUCUAGGCUAAUGUAGAUGUAACAUAACACUCAGAAAUCCAAUAAUAGAAUUAUAUGAAUAUUUAUUAAAGGGUUUAUAGGUCAUCAAUAUGAGAUAGUUGGGGUUCAACUUCUGGAACCCCUGCGAGCAUUUAAGCCUCUUCCAAGGACAUGUGACGUUGUGUUUAAUAGUCACACGGCAAAGGCAGAGCUCAGCUCCAUUCAAGUGAAUGGGGAUAAACCGUAAUACCAAGCACAGCUGCUAUAGAAUGUAUGGUGCUGUGCUUGGUAAAGUGUGAGGAGGCCAUGGCACCCCUGCUUCCUCAAACAGCUGACCGGAAUUCAAGCCCGUCACUCUCAUGUUGAUGAGCUAUUCUCAGGAUAGGUCUUCAAUAUAUUAACUACAGAGAACCCCUUUAAGUGCCUGCACUUGAGGCUUACAGUGAGUGUCAGAAGCAAUGCUUUUUCCAAGAUUAUAUCCACCUAUGUAACCAUUUUAUUUUAUUGGUUCAAUAAAUAAUAUGAAGCAACUUUCCAAAUAGUCUUGAUUAAACAUUUAGCUCCUUUACAAACCUACAGCAUGUGUCUCGAUGGUGACAGGUUACAAAUAAAUCCUGUGUAGUCUUAUCAUAUAGUCAAAUUCCCUACUAUAUGCGUCCUGUUUCUUGUUCAUCUAUGAAAUGUAGUAAGAAGCAGAGAACAGAAGAUUAACCCACGAGUCCAGGAGAAGACUACACAGGAUUUGUUUGCAGUAUGGACCAUACUACACCAUGGAGUCAGCACAGGAGAUGUAGACACAAAACAGCAACUAAAGUUGUUUGCAAUUUUGUUGCAAAUGUACUGGAGCGCUGAAGAAAAUUGAAUGUAAAGGUGUACAUAUUUGUUAUCAAAUUUUUGACUGGAGCUCCAACUGUACAAUGAUUUUCUGAAAGCUUCAAAUAUUAUUUAUUGAAGCUAGUAAUACACAGUCCAGUUCAGUCAAUUACUAUUCCAACCUGAUAAAUUGUGAUGACUGAUAGCACAGAAGCAAUUAUGGUAGGUCUGACUGGAUUUCAAUACCUAAAUGCAUCUUUACCACAUGGCAUCACUCACAUUUUAUAAUGAGGUUAAUCUUUACCAUUAAAUGCUGUUAAUAAAUAUUGCCUGUUAAGUCUCUUCUCUAUGAAUGUGAAAAGUCUACAGCUCGUUUUUUAUCAUUUCUAAAUGUGAUACACGUAUGUACACUACUGUAAGUUCUUUUUUAUUUUCAUUUUAAAGUUAAAUAAAAUAAACCAAGCCUACAUGCUA